UCUCAUUUCGCGACCUUCGAGAAAGACGUAAGGUUGUUGUUAUUAUGUCAUUAUUGAAAAAGGUCAUGAACGCGGAUAAAUGUCGCAUUUGGAACCAUUCUGGACAACUACACCGCUCUUCAAGAAUGCAAUAGAGGGUUAAACUGACGUAGUCCAGAAGUUGUGUACUGGUAUACAUUUUUCAAGAUACAUAAUGACCUCCUCAAAUAGUGGUGGUCAGAGAACAGGGACAGGGGAGAAAGGCACAAAAGUAUUUGACCCAACUCAAACACUUGAACGUUCUCAGUCUGAUGCAAUCCUCGGUAUUCCAAAAGUGGCAGUGAAAAAGCGCACCCUUGAAGUGUCAUUGUCAGCAGAUAGUGCAGAAGAAAAAAAUGAUAAAGAAGGGAGAGUAUCCGAAAGCUCUAAGGUGUACUUCAAUCUGUCAGAGGUUGGACCAGAAAAGCAAUUUGUUGAGAGCAAGGACUUAAAGAUACGUUUGAAACUCACCCCAGCUUUAGAACCUAUUCUCCAAGAGGCUGAAGAUGACACAGUCCAGGGAGAGAUUUACCAAGACAGGCUGCUGCUCACUUGUGGCAGUGAUACAUUUGUUCCAGCAUCACCAGAUAGUGAUGAGUUUGGAAAUGGUGGGUCUUUCUAUGCCAAGUAUCCUCUUCGCUUUCCACAUGGAUCAUCUUUGAACAAUUACCGCCACAAUCUCAAGCUGAGUUAUCAGACGCUGUCACAGAAACUGGAGGGCUAUAUUAAUGAUUUGAAAAGUUGUGAUCUAUGUACCCAGUGUGCCAUUUUAGUUCAAAUUUUAGAUGUAGUGAAGGAGGCAUGGGACACCCCUGUGUAUGGUCGUGAUCUAGCAUAUGGGCUUUGUGAUAUAAUACGUAUGGAGGGCCUGCUGGAUAGACUAGUAUACAAUUGUGCCUCUCCUGCGAGGGAUCUCCUUUCUGCUUCAGCCAACCUGCUGGAACAGGUGAUGUCCACCAAGAACAGAGAACGAGUUGCCAAAAUUGGUUUAAUUAUUAUUGUCAAAAUGACAAAGUCUGCUGUUGGAGACAAUAUUAUAGCCAAAGCUACAACAGGUAUUCUGGAAAAUCUGUUCAAACUGUCUGAAGACACCUGCUGUAAAGUGAUUACUCUUGGAGGACUUGAUGUCAUUCUACAUUGGUGCCGUUGUAGUGACAAUCAAAUUUUGAGAAGAUGUGCCAAAGCACUUGCAAACUUAUCUCUCUUUGGGGGUGCUGAAAAUCAAGAGGAAAUGGCAAAAAGACGUGUUCCUGAAUGGCUGUUUCCUCUUGCCUUCAAUCAAGACAACAGUGUGAGAUACUAUGCAUGUCUAGCAAUCUCUGCCUUGGUCGCCAACAAAGAGCUGGAAGCAGCUGUACUGAAAUCUGGCACUCUGGACCUUGUCUUGCCCUUUAUCAAUAGCAACAAACCAUCUGUAUUUGCUCAGAGUGAUCUUACACACAAACAAGGUCGAGACAAAAUUUGGCUAAAACACCUCAUUCCUUUGUUGUUCAGUAGACGACAGGAGGCUCAAGCAUUGGCUGCCUUCCACUUUGCAAUGGAAGCAACUAUCAAAGCUGAACAGGGUAGGCAAGAGAUAUUCCAUGAGAUAUGUGCAGUACAACCACUCAAGAAGAUAGCAAGCAGCCCCAAUGCUGUGGCUUCAAAACUAGCAGCAGAGGCUCUGAAGGUGAUAGGUGAAAAAAUCCCACAUCGUUUGUCACAGCAGGUGCCGCUAUGGACUGUCAAUGAUGUCUCCUACUGGGUCUCUCAGGUUGGAUUCAGCAAGUAUUCAAGUCAUGUGGAGGAAGCUGAGGUUGAUGGUGACCUGCUGCUUAUACUCAAUGAUGAUGAUCUCCGGGAAGGCCUGCAGAUGACCUCCAGCAUUGUCAGAAAGAGAUUCUUACGAGAGUUGAAAUCCCUGAAGAUCUCUGCUGACUACACCUCUUGUGACGCAACAGGGCUUGACCCAUGGCUGAUGAGUCUGACCCCUGACCUCUCUCAGUACACCUACUACAUGUUACGCCAGGGUGUUGAUAAGUUCAUGCUUCGCUGUCUAUCUGAAGAUGAACUCAAGUGUGAAUGUGGAAUCAACAACAGCAUUCAUCGAAGGAAGAUCAUACAGAACCUUGAUGAUUUGUCAAGUCCUAAUUCAAGCCGACAAAAUCUUGUGAUGGCAGUUGGAGAUCUGGCGUCAAGUCUUGGCAGUGGUCUGAGGGCUAAUGAUGUAUUUCUAUCCUACAGGCGCUCCAAUGGGUCACAAUUGGCAAGUUUACUGAAAGUUCACCUGCAACUUCGAGGAUUCUCUGUAUUUCUGGAUAUUGAUCGCUUAAGAGCUGGGAAGUUUGACGAAAAUCUGUUAUUGAGCAUCCAUCUUUCCCGUAACUUCAUCCUCAUCCUAACUCCGAACUCUCUAGACCGAUGUAUUGGGGACAGCAACAGGGAGGACUGGGUGCACAAAGAAAUUGUUGCUGCGCUGGAGAGCAACUGUAACAUAGUGCCCAUUAUGGAUGGGUUUGAGUGGCCGCCGCUGGACCAGCUGCCCGAUGACAUGCGAGCUGUUGUCAGGUUCAACUGUGUCAGAUGGGUGCAUGACUAUCAGGAUGCCUGCGUGGACAAGCUGGAAACUUUUCUCACACCAGGAUCUGGGGUCCAUGGGUGCAGCAGCAAACACACAAAACCUUUGUCACAUCAGGCCUCCACACAAAGUACCAUGUCCUCACCAUCCCAAGAUGAUGCCCACCUCCGUCCUUCAGAUUGCUUGGCAAUUAAGUCACACACCAGCUCUCACUCUCUACAUGAUCUGGUAUGACAAUGGCUCUUACAGGACCUUGAAAGUGAUACCACAUAACCUGGAACUACAAACUGACUAUAACAUAAACAAUUACUCGACUUCAUGGUUCCAACAGCACCUUGUUUUUGAGACAAUCUACUAUAGACUAGCUACUACAAGGCCGCCUUGUUUCAAGAAAAACAACUAUUGGACUUUGGUUUGUCAUUAGAUACCACAUUAGGUACAAGAUAGUGUUACAUCGAUAGCUUCAACAGGAACUUGUUUGUGAUUACAUCAAUAUCACUUUGUGUUUCUCCAUGCUCAGCUUCAGAUGGAGCAGGAAGGUGGAAGAGGAUAAAAAAUGAAAAAAUAAAAAGGUAACCUUUGUUUGGAAUAUAACUGGUAAGUUGUCUGUAUAAGAAAUGCGCAAAUCUCGUUUCCAAUUAAUUUCAAAUAAACAUAAAAUGUCAGUGCAACAGAAUAACCAGUCUGGAUAAUCUGCCAAAACAGAUUCCAUUUGGCUUAAAGGGCACAAUAGCUGUGAAAACCAUUUGAAUGGACCGCUGAAAAUCAGGUAUGACACCAGGUGUUUGUGAAAAGGGUAAACAUGUCCUGCCCUACUGGUAGCAUCCACCACUCACCACUCACCACUCACCACUCACAAGUAUUUAUUGCCUGACGUUGGAGCAGUACCCCUGCCAUGGGAUGGCGGCGGCAUGUAAACAAACCAGAAAAUCCUUUGUACAAAUGCAGGUACACUGCUGCUUAUAUGUAUAGAAAAAACUCCUGAGAAAUACAUUUAUUUGGCAGCACAGUGGGGAACAGUUUUGAUGUCUUAGCCCAAACGUGCUUAUAAACUCAGGGUAUCAUUAUUGUGCUAUAUUUCAGAGUUGUAGACAUCAUUCUCUACACUAUAGGACAGAAAAAACAAAGCAAUAGUUACUUCCCUUGAACUAUCCUGAUCCGUCAACUUCUGAGAAAUGCCUAUCAAACAAUUCAACAUCAGUUUCGAUGGCUUGAUGAUACAUGUAUAAGUUGGUAAAAGGUUCCUUUGAAAAUGUUUUCAAGCAAACCGGAGUUUGCAGACAACUUAUUUCGUAUCCUGGUACAACCUAUUGCCAAUUCCCUCUCUCGUCAAUCUCAUAACACAGAACCAAAAUGUGCCUCUCCAGCAGAUGCGCUACCUGUUACAUACAUGUGUCUGUGACACACACAAUAUGAAAGGAGAGAGACGGUCAGGCUUGUCAGUAGGUUUAAUGACCACUUAGACAAGGGAGAUAAUCAAACACUUGAUGUACACGAUGUACAUCUUCCUAUACACUUCAGCACGUUACAUCCUUCCUCUUAAAGAAAUAAUAUGCCUUUGUUAGAAACUGAAAAUGUGAAGCUAGUUUAGGUUAUAAUGAGUGAGUGAGUUUGAAUUUUAGCUGCUUUUAGCAAUAUUCCAGCAAUAUCAUGGUGGGGAACACCAGAAAUGGGCUUCACACUUUGAACCCAUGUUGGGAAUCGAACCCGGGUCUUCAGCAUGACAAGCGAACGCUUUAACCACUAGGCUACCUGACCGCCCCUAGAUUGUAAUGACACUUUAACUCUGUGACUAGAAACACCCAUUUGCAUGAUGACUACCGGUAUGUCCUAUUAAGGGUCACACACAGAUUUGCUUAUAGGUCCAGUUUAUCGAUCUUCUUGAUGACUCUGCUUGCACAUUCUGUGUUAUAUUCUUGGCUAUCUCUACUGCAGCUUCUGCAACUUCAUUUCCCCAACUGUGUCCUGGAUUGGAGAAUUCAUGGGUAAAGCUGCACUUGUUAAUGAACUGCUUGAACCUUUUGGAGCUGUAUUGUGAUCCUCAAUCACUUAUCUUCUCAGGUAUGCCAUGCCUGGUAAAGUGAUGUUUGAGCUUGUUUACCACUGUUUCUGUGGGUGGUAUCCCGCAGGAAAUCAACUUCAACCAAGUUGGUGUAACAGUCUACUGUUACUGUCAGGUAAAGGUGCUCAAGACAGGUUGUGUCCAUACCAGAUUUGUAGAUUGUCUCAAAGUUACAGGAGCGGUUGGAUAGCCCAUGAUGGCAUUCCAAAAGACGUAAACAAAAGUAUAAACAUUACUACAUUUGGGGUUAGAGAGCAAAUAUCAAGAUGCUGGUAAUGGCCUCACCCACACUGACGGCAGCGAUGUUACCCAGGGUAUGACAAAUGUGUCACAUGCUGCAAAAGAGCUUGAAAGUGGGGGUUG